CUCCACUUUGACCCUCCACUCCAGUCCUCACCGGAAAAACACCUGCAAUUCAUAUUUCUGACGAGCACAUCUGCGUUACAUUCACUUCACUGCAAACCCACAAGUAUUCAACCACCAUCUGCAUUCCACGUCGACUCCGCAUUAACACAUUGCGGAUAUAAACCACACACGAUCGCACCUCACAAAGGAAAAGGAUCCAUCAAACCCGAAGCGCCUAGCCCCACGAUAAUCAUCGGGACUAGCCCUGCAACCAUCACACGAGCAAGAUGAAGGUCUUCUCGAACGAGGAAACAUUCGACUAUUCCUGGGAGGAGGUCUCCACCGCCAACUGGAGGAAGUACUGUCCCUGGAACGAUAAAUCAACACAUGUCAUUGCCGUCGAUACAUUAUCCCGACAUGUCGACACCAAGACUGGAAUUGUAGGUUCCCCUCCCUCGAAUUCUAGCAUGUGGUCUUGGCUAACACAUUUACCAGCUGCGAACUGAACGAUUGAUCACUUGCAAACAGAGUGCACCAAAAUGGCUGAGCUCUCUAUUUGGGGCAUCCGAUACUUCCCACGUCUUUGAAACUUCCUACGUCGACCCCGAAUCGAAAAAGGUCACCAUGGUCUCGCAGAAUCUGACCUGGUCCAACAUCCUCAGUGUCCGAGAAUCUGUCGUAUAUCAACCCCUCUCCGCCACCCGAACACAAUUCAAACAAGACGCAAAGGUCACUGCGCUGUGUGGCGGAUGGCAGAAGGUCAAGACGGCCGUUGAGGACAAUGCAGUCAAGACAUUCAAGGAGAAUGCCAUCAAGGGCAAGGAAGGAUUCGAGGCUGUUUUAGAGAUGAGCCGACGAGUAUUCAGCGAGGAAAGACAACGAGAGCAGGAGAAAAUAGCAGCAUCUUAGACGUCAUAGACGGAGAAAGAAGGAGAUGAUUGGGGACAUUUGGGGCUCACCAAUCGAUUGGAUUCAUUUACGACACAUUACGAUACAUCCUCCUUCAAUCGGCGUGCAUAAAAAGAGGUUUAGGGGGAAUCGGGUACAUAAAAGUAGAAAGACUGGGGACAGUACAUAAUGUUUUUGGUUUUAUUGGGAUUUUUGUCUUUCAGCAUGGCGUUCAAGGGCUAUAGAGGGUUCGAUUGCUUUUUCCACGCAUUGGAAAAUCUCCUUGCGUUGUACUCUACUAAAUGUGCAACUUCUAGUCGUGGGCUCCUAGGCAAUUAGAAGAGAGGAGGGCGACAGAAAACCCCUAUAGAAGGCUUGUGAUAUAUCAACAAAAACAAAAAAACAAAGCAAAAGCUAGGUUAGUCUCAGCUCAAUCUAAAUGAGCCACAAUGGGCAAAAGUUUUUCUCCAGAACAAA